AUGUCGUCGACGCGGAUGGCCACGUCAUCAUCGAUGGCAUUAGUGGGCUCCUUACUCGCCAUCAUCAACGAGAUCUCCGCGCUCGGCGAUCGCCUGCGCAGCCACAAGCGCUCGUGUCAGAUUCUCAUCCGUCGGAUCAAGCUGCUCGCGCCGCUCUUCGAGGAGAUUAGAGACGUCAAGAGCCCGCUCCCGCCGGCGGCGGUGGUGGCGUUUCAGAGCAUGCGGGCCGCGCUUAGCGCCGCCAAGACCAUUCUCGUGGACUGCAGCAGCGGAAGCCGCAUCUGGAUGGUCAGUGCGCCUUACCUCCCUUCUCCCUACCGCCCUUCUUUCCCUAAUCCAUCUAUAUGGUCAGUCGACCUUAUCGAUCGUUACCCCUCGCUUUCCUUCCACCCCUCUUCUUACCUUACUCAUCUUGACAAUCAGGGUUGUAACGUUGCACCUUGCUCCUCGCAUCGCAUCAUCUUCCUGCGUCCUCGCUUUCCCGCCACAUCAUCUCCUCCCUCCCCGCGCUCCCGCCCUCCCCGCGCUCCCGCCCUCCCCGCGCUCCCCGCUCACCCCGCUCUCCCGCAUUUCACUCGCCCCUACGCCUCGCGCCUCUCUGAUGUGAUGGAGCGCGAGGCGAUGGCGGAGCGCAUGCGCGCGGUGAACCUGGAGCUGAGCGGCGCGCUGGCGGACCUUCCGAUGAACGUGAUGGCGAUCUCGGAAGAAAUCCAGGAGCAGACCCAGCUGGUGCAGGUUCAACUGAAGCACAGCCGCGCGUUGGACGAUGCACAGGAGGAGCAGCUGUACGCCCACACGCAACUCGUGCAAGUGCAGUUGAAGCGCAGCCGAGCAUUGGACGACGCGCAGGAAGAGCAGCUAUAUGCGGACGUGCGCCACAUCCUCUCUGACCCGCGCCUGGGCGGCCCUCCCCUCAACAGCUCCGCCCGUCACCCCGGCCCCGCCGCUGCUGCUGUUGCUGCUGCUGCUGCUGCUACUGCUGCACCCGGCGCCUCUGCCGCUGUCUCUGCCUCUGCAGCUGCUUCCCAGGGGGAAGUUGACGGCUCAGGACCGAUGAUUGACCUGUCAGCAGUGCCGCAGUCGCCGCACCCCUCUGCUCCUCCUCCCUCCCCAGCCGUUCUCUCCGCCUUCCCCUCCUUCCCUCAUACACGUGCGGAGAUUGACAAGGUUGCUGCUUCUGCUGCUGGUGUUACGAUCACAGUGUUACCGUCUGGUGUGACAGGAGAGGAAGGGGCAGGGGCGGGAGGGUCUGCAGCAGGAGGAGCAGGGGGGGCAGCUGGGCGGUUUCCGUCAUUACCCUCGCUAAGUUCCGUGGAAGCAGGGUUACUAGACCCGGUUUUGGGCAAGCUAGGGCUGAUCUCCCUGCCUGCUGUUCUCGAGGAGAUAGCCUCGCUAAAACGAGCGCGGGAUCAGCUUAUAGAGGAGACGGAUGCAGCAGUGGCAAGCGGCAAAGGGGGUGGGGGUGGGGAAUCUGCAAUGGAACGGCUGAGGCUGCGACUAAAUGAGGAGCUCAGGAAGGGGGCAGAGAUGAGUUUUUCAGGAGAGGAGGAGGGAGGGUCUAGUGGGGGGCGAGGGGAAGGGAAAGAGGAGGGCCCUUCUGUUUCUUCCAAGUCUCUGUUUUCACCCAAAAGUGCAGUUUCUUCUAGAGGGGGGGAUGGGAGGUCGGGGGAUGGCAGCGUGUGUUCAAGAGCGGAUGCAGAGCGGAGGGUUACGUUGGAGAGUAGAAGGAAUGAGAAGCUAAGGGAGGUUGAGAAGAUUAUACUGUUACUGGAGCGGCUUAAAGUGAGUCUAAGCGGAGGGAUGGAGGACAGGGAGGAGGGGAGCGGUGGAAUGAGGAAGUCGGGGAGUGGGGAUGGGUCGGGAGGGGAGGAGGGGAAUCCGGAGGAUGGGGUGGAUAGGGGCGGCAUCGGCGUGGGCACUGGGUCGGCGCUGCGGUCGAAGUCCGGGCGGCUGGUGGUGCCUCCGGAUGACUUCCGUUGUCCUAUCUCGCUGGAGAUUAUGAGGGAUCCGGUGAUCGUCUCUACAGGCCAGACGUACGAUCGAGCGUACAUAGAGCAGUGGCUCAAGGAGGGUCACAAGACGUGCCCCAAGACGCAGCAGAUCCUAUCCCAGCCCGCCUCGCUCAUCCCCAACUUCUCCCUGCGAAGCCUCAUCCAGCAAUGGUGCGAAGCCAACAAUGUUGAACUACCCAAGAGAACGCACAAGUCAGGCCACAGGCACCGCCAUCACAGCAGCAAGCAUGGUAGCAGCAGCAGCAGCAGUGGUGGUGGUAGCAGCAGCGGGGGUAGAAGUGCGGGUGGGAGCGGUGGGGGUGGUGGGUCCGGUGGGGGAGCAGGUGGGACCGGGGACGGAGGCUCGGCGGAGAUUUCGCUCUCGGAUCGACAUCAGGUGAUGCAGCUUCGGGACCGGCUUCGCUCGCCGGAUCUGGAGGUUCGAAAGGGUGCUGCGGUUGACGUAAGGCUGCUGGCGAAACGAAGUGUGGAGAACCGGGUUGCAAUGGCCGAAGGAGGCAUCAUUCCCCUCCUGGUCGAAUUACUCACUGACCCUCUCCCAGCUGAUGCCAAAAUGCAGGAGCAUACGGUUACCGGGUUACUAAACUUGUCAAUCAACGACCCGAACAAGAGCCUGAUUGUCUCAGCUGGAGCCAUCCCGGCUAUAGUUCGGGUUCUGGAGAAAGGAGGCAGCAUGGAGGCUCGAGAAAACGCGGCAGCGGCGCUGUUCUCGCUCUCAGUCAUGGAUGAAAACAAGAUUUCGAUCGGGCAGGCGGGAGCGAUACCGGCCCUGGUGGACCUGCUUCAGCAUGGGUCAACUCGGGGAAAGAAAGAUGCGGCUACUGCAAUCUUCAACCUGUCGAUCUACCAGGGGAAUAAGGCAAGGGCUGUGCGUGCCGGGGUGGUUGCGCCUCUUGUGGAUCUGCUCGUGCAUCGUCGAUCGGGCAUGAUGGACGAGGCUCUUGCGAUCCUGGCCGUCCUUUCGACGUCCCCAGAGGGGCGGACGGCGAUAGGAGAGGCGACUGCAGUGCCUAUUUUAGUGGAGCUUAUGAAAGAUGGGUCUCCGAGGAACAAGGAGAAUGCGGCUUCGGUGCUGCUCUCGCUGUGUUUGAACGGCAGGGAGCACACGGAGCUUGCGGUGCAGUGCGGUGCUGUGCCGCCGCUGCAGCUGCUGCUGAGGAGUGGCACGCCCAGGGCUAAGCGGAAGGCGUCUCAGCUUCUGCAGCACCUGCAGGACCAGGACCUAAUGUCCAAGAGGAGUUAA